UCCCGUUUACCAAACCCGUUCCAGUCACUACCAGUCCCUAGUGUUCCCGUCUUAUUAGAAUGGUCCCUUGGAAGUUGGGCCCAUAGACCGUUAUCAAAGAAAAGGGUCAAGGGAAAAAAAGAAUAUAACUAAACAAUAGCGGUACCCACUCACUAAGGGGUCUCUACUUCGUAUCUUGUGUCAUACAUAUCCUUACAAGCUGUGCCACGCGCUUUGUACUAGGACCGAUUGCUUCAACUUAGCUUAUCUAUUCCUAUAACCUGUUUGCAGCUUUAUAAUACUCUUGCCUCGCCCAUCGCUGAUCUAUUACCCAUGACCAACUUACACCAUUUGCCGUUCACCUUUCGUGGACGAAAUUCACAAGACAGCUCUUCGAGCACCACCGAAUAUUCGAAAGCAAUAGUACAUGCUGUUGAGUCAGUAGAGUCAAAAAUGCCUUCGUUUAAUCCUUUUACCUCGGGUGCCAUUCGGAAUGCUUGCACUUUAUUUGAAAUACGCCUUGAGAAUGACUUCAUCGUUUUCCGUGGAAACGAGCAUGAAGCUUCCGGACAGAUGUUAAGGGGCGUAUUAGUCUUGUGUUUAAGAGAACAGCUGAAAUUGGAGGAUAUUCACCUACGACUUAUGGGCAACUGCAGAGUGGCGUGGGUCGAUGGGAGGCAUACGCCGUCUGGCAUUCACAACCAGAAAGUGGACAGGUCGACUAUCAUCUUGAAGCAUAACUGGGCGCCCUUCGUCGGUGAGACAACGCAUCACAACACCUUGGCCCCAGGGAACUACGAAUGGCCGUUUGAGUUUUUACUACCUGGAGAUACCGCUGAGAGCGUCGAGGGGCUUUACCAGACUGGCAUCACUUACGUUUUAAAAGCUACCGUCUCGAGGGGCAAGUUGGCAAAGAAUCUGCAUGCUUACAAGCGAUUUCGCAUCAUUCGAACUCUGGAGCCUGCCGCGCUCGAAUUUAACCAUGCCAUGAGUGUGGAGAACAUAUGGCCUAAUAAGAUCGAGUACUCUGUGGUUGUCCCACAAAAAGCAGUGGUAUUUGGCAGCAACAUUCCUUUGGAAUUGCGUUUCACGCCCUUGCUAAAAGGCCUGGAAAUGGGCACCAUCUCCGUCAAACUUAUCGAGGCUCAGGAAUUCAGCGUAGAGAAUUCGCCAGUACCAACACGACCAUAUAAACAUGAUCGUGACGUCACAUCGUGGAAUUUCGAGGUCAGCCGCGAGAACCAUUGGCAGAACAACAUCGAAGAAACAGGUCAGGAAGGUUGGGUGGUCACUAAAGAGUUACCGCUGCCGAAGAGGUUAACCAGGUGCAUUCAAGAUUGCUCGGUUCAUGGCAUCAAGAUUAGGCACAAGCUUAAGCUAACGGUUGCGCUGAAGAAUCCUGAUGGCCAUAUUUCUGAGCUUCGAGCAUCAUUGCCUAUCACCAUAUUCAUUUCACCCAAUAUGCCUUUGGACGAGGAAGGAAACCUCGUUAACCAGGCAGCAGAAACCGCCGGCGAAGUAAAUGAGGGCGAUUCAUCAAUCAUGGCACCUCCAGGCUACGGCAUGCACGUCCUCGAUCAGCUAUACGAUAAUGUAGAUCCCAGCGGAAUUAUGACACCCGGAGCACCUAGCGGUUUCAACAGUCCAUUCUACGCCCAAUCCCGGGCAGGUUCGUCGGAGAAUCUAGCGUCCAUGGCUCAUGGCUUAGCUGUUCCUCCUGCCGCCUUGUCUUCCAGAUUACAGAACGUUUCUCUCGACGAAUCUCAAAGAAACGACUCGUAUUUUUCCUUUGCCGCGUCUAACUCAGGAGCUACUACCCCGUUCAAUCAUAUGCACGAAGGCGACCAUACCGCCGAAUUGUCACACACAGCGAAUUCGUCUCACACGAAUUCCACCCAGAUCUCACGACGAACAAGCGAGGAUGGCCACGCGGGUCACACGGGACACCACACACCGCCGGAGCAUAACGAGUUUUUGGAUUUGGAGGAACUGAGCAAGGUGCCAAGUUACGCAACUGCUACGAGAACACCGCUGCCAAGGACGCAGAGUUACACGGGCUCGAUCGGGCUACCGGAUUACCAGACCGCGAUGAGCGUGCCGGGCUCGCCAAGUCGCGUCGUAACUACCGAUCCCAUGUCGACCAUUGCAGAAAGCCAAGCCGCUCAGGCCGAAGCAGCCACAUCCUCUCAGGCUCGAUCGAGAAGCAGCUCACGGAGCAGACACAGCCAGCACUUGAUUCGGGGCUUCAGUUUCCUUCCCAGUCACGCAGCAGUCGGCGGCGCUGACGGCGAGCGAAGACUACGACUCAUCCAAGGUAGAAGUGGCUAGAGUUGUCACGGGUUUCUUCUUACUAGUUUUGGAUCUUCUCACAAUUCCAAUG